AAGGACGCGGUCAUUCUGUAACGUCGAUGCGGUGAAGCAUUGGCUGUAACGAUUGAUCGCGUCGAAUACGACGUCUUUCUCUGUCAGAAAAUACAAGGCGAUACGAAACGCAGAGUGCAGUUUUCGCAGAGUCGUGUGCUUCGCGGUGCAUUGAAGAUAAGCUGAACUGAAGUGGCAUCAUGUCGUCGGAUAGCGCGUGCAACCGCUCCCACGAUGGUGAUCGCAGCGUAGCGCAUUGGACGCCAUUUAGUAUGGCGAGCCCGGUGUCAAUCAUAGGAUGGUUCGACAACCAGGUAUCCCGUCUUCAGGAAGACCUGUUUAGGCACCGGUUCUUUGAUAUGCCUGAAAUUCCGCAAGUUGUUUUCGACCCGCAGCGUCGAUCGCGAUUAUUUGACGCGCUUUUCUCACCGUCGGUUGAGGAGUAUGAUACUAUGCCAUCCUUCCGCACGAACCCAUCCAAAAAUCAAAUUGAAUGCCAACUGCCUACCGGCUGUGGUGAUUUUUUCCGCCCGGAGGAUGUGGAAGUGAACGUUUCGGGCCGUAAUGUCGAAUUUAAAGCUCGUCGUGAACAGAAGUCAGCUGAUGGUCACAGUUACGCAGUGCGUGAAGUGCGCAGGAUGGUGACGGUACCAGAAACGGCAGAUAUUAAUGGGCUGCACGCUGAAUUUGCACCCAACGGGAAGCUAAUGAUAUCUGCACCGCUUCUAACCCCACCAAAAGCUAUCGAGCAGCCGAAAGCAACUGCACCCGUCCCAAUUAAAAUAAACCGCCUAUAAAUUUUCGUUUUUGCUUUACUGGGACACUCUGUAACCGUGGUAGUUGUGACAGAUGGUGUCUGUGUGGAAUUUACGGAAUA